ACAGUCUAGUUUGCAUGAUUAUUGGUUAAUGAAAACAAGGUGAAAUGUGAGAAUAUAAGACGGCAAUCGAGCGCUACAAGCGGUAGAAGUGCUUCGUAUUGUUGAUAAAUUUCAUUUACUUUGUUUUGUUCGUCUGACUAAUUUGACAGAAAAAGUAUAAUCAUCGUUCUGUGUUUUGUUAGUGCAUAUCAUCGACAAUAAAAAUUCUUCCACAAAAUGUUAAGUAAAAUAGUUAAUAUGACAUACUAUCGAUUCAUAGUCUGAUUGGUUAAGACAGUGUUCAAUGCAAGUAUGGCCGCCCUGCCAUCACCCACGCAGGUGGCUGGAAGCCAUACUGCUAUAUAUGAAGCUUAUUAUAAUCAGGUGGACCCAAAUGGAUAUGGACGAAUUGGUGCGAUGGAAGCUGCGAGAUUUCUUAAGAAAUCCCAGCUGAGUGAUGUUGUAUUAAGUAAGAUAUGGGAUAUGGCAGAUCCACAAUCUCGUGGAUCAUUAGACAAGUCUGGUCUUUUUGUUGCUCUAAAACUUUGUGCAUUGGCCCAAGCAGGAAGAGACCUUAGUAUGUCAAAUUUAAAUAUAGAAUUGCCACCUCCAAAAAUGGGUGAUAUUCCUGUAAUACCACAGAAAACUAUAGUAAAUACUGUACCAGUAAUAACAUCUGUUAGUAAUGGAGAUUGGUCUAUUAAACCUUCAGAAAGAGCCAAAUAUGACCAACUUUUUGACAGCUUGCAACCUUCGAAUGGAUAUAUACCUGGGAAUAAAGUGAAAGAUGUUCUUAUGGAUAGUAAACUUCCUUUGGAUACACUUGGAAAGAUUUGGGAUCUUGCAGAUAUGGAUAAAGAUGGUAUGCUGGAUAGACAUGAAUUUGUUGUUGCUGUGCAUUUAGUGUAUAAAGCUUUAGAGAAAUAUGCUAUACCAAGUGUACUUCCACCAGAGUUAAUGCCACCAGGAAAAAGGAAAGAUUCUACAACACCAGUACCAAAAUCUCCUGCACCAAUGAGUGUAAUUACAACAGUACCACCACCUAUUCCACCUUUACCUAAUGUACCUUCAGUAAAGAGUAUGGCUGGUUUGGAUACGAUAAAGUGGGUAGUUUCAUCUGAAGAUCAAAUAGCAGCAGACAAAUUAUUUUUGCAAGCUGAUCUAGAUAUGGAUGGGUAUGUCUCAGGUAUUGAAAUCAAAGAUGUCUUCCUUCAAAGUGGACUUCCACAGACUGUAUUAGCUCAUAUAUGGAGUCUUUGUGACACAUGUCAAAGUGGGAAGUUAAAUAAAGAACAAUUUGCUUUAGCCAUGUGGCUUAUUAAACAAAAACUUAGAGGUGUUGAACCACCUGCAACUUUGAGUUCUGAUAUGAUACCACCUUCUAUGCGAAAACCAUCCGAGUCUGUUGUGGAGAACAAUAAUGUUUCUGGUUAUUCAAAUCCAGAAUUGGACAUGAUAAGUAAAGAUAUAGCAGAACUUGUAAAAGAAAGGCAAAGUAUGGAACAAGAUAUAGCACAAAAGGAAGCUGAUAUCAAGAUAAAAAAUGGUGAAAUUAAAAGUUUGCAGAGUGAACUGGAUACACUUGCUGCUACAUUAAAGCAAUUAGAAAAUCAGAAAGGUGAAGCACAAAAGCGAUUGAAUGAUUUAAAAGCUCAGAAAACAGAAGUAGAUAAAGAUUUGAGUGAGAUCGAGCAGAAGAUACGUGAAGAACAAAAAAAGGUUGAUAAAUUGCGUCAACAAGCAGAAGAGCAGGAAUCAGUAUUGCGUGCUCAAGAAGAAGAAUUGAAUUUUAAACGACAAGAAUUAGAAGGCUUGAAACAAGAAGAACAGCAAUUAGAACAGCAACAAAAUAAAAGCAGGGACCAAUUAAAUGAACUCACGAAAAAUUUGCAGGACACUCAAUUGCAAAUUUGUCAAGCGAAAGCAAAGAUCACUCACUUACAAGAACAACAACGGCAAAUGAGUGAUGCAAUUGCGCUCUAUGAUUCUGCACUUGCAGCUGGGGAUGCCACUCUUGUACCUGAUACUAGUCUGCAAUUUAAUCCCGAAAUUGAAAAUUUAGAAUAUGAAAAAACAACUGAAGAAGAUAAGAACAAGAAAAACAUUUCAUUCACUAAUGCAAAUGGAACGACAUUGGACGGGUUUGAACAAGAUCCUUUUGCAGAAGCAUUUAAUAAUGCAUCAACACCAGACCCAUUUGGAAGUGCAUUUUCAUCUCCAAGUACUACUGGAGGAGAAGGAGGAGGAGGAGGAGGAUUCACAUCUGACCCAUUUAGCGCAUUUGAUGAGAGCAAUGCUGUAAAACAAGAUCCAUUUGAUCCAUUUGGAGAUGGAAAAAGAACUGAUACUAAAAUCACUGCUGCAACAGCAGCGACAAAAGAUCCAUUUGGAGAUGAUCCGUUUGCAAAUCUUCAUGCACCACCUCGUCCAGAAAGUCCUAGUCCUGCUCUUCCUCCUAAAAAAGCGAAACAACCACCACCACGACCAGCACCUCCACGACCGGCUCAAGGACCUACUGGUCCUCUACGAGCAGCACCAGCACCGCCUACACCUUCUCCUACACCUGAUCCAUUUGCAAAUGCUUUUUCUGCUCAACAGGGAAUUAUGGACAACAAUAAUAGCAAUAAUUUUAAUACGUCUACUGGAUUUGCAGAUUUUAGUAAUUUUGAUUCCAAGCCGGAACCAACAGUGAAUCGAACGGCACCACCCAGACCAACCAGCAGAACGCAUACAGUAUCAACGGUAACUCCAAAGCUGCCCGACUUUACGGAAGAUCCCUUCAGAGACUAUCGUUAUGAAGAUCCCUUUAACAUACCGGAUCCUUUCGCCGAUGAUGCAGAAGAUCAUAAUGCGAAUAAGAGUGAAACAACGGCUGGCAAUAUGGAUCCAUUUAGUUACGGGACAAGCUCGGUACUAUCACGUAAAAAUUCAUUCACGAAAAGCUUCGACACUGAUUUCUCAAAUACUUUUUCUUUGACUAAAAACAAAGUUGAGAAGGACAAUGCUAAAUUCGAUGCUGAUUUUGUAAAAGCAUUCUCCGACGACAACAGAAAUAUAAAAACCAUCGACACCGAUGCGUUUUCGAACAUCAAGAUAAAAACGACCGAUAUAGAUGAAGCAUUUUCCACUAAAACUGAAAAGUCUGCCAGGAGACACGGACAAGAUUUAGCACACAAUAGAUCUAAAACUAGUUUUAACGAUAAAAAAUCGAAAAGUGAGAUGGGCAGAAUUUGGAACGGCAAUAACACACCUCUCUCGUUAAGCGAGGAGGAACAAUUUGUUUGGGCAUCUCAACAAAGUUUAAAGACCGAGGAGGAAAGGCGUAGACGUAAACAGCAAGAAGAGGCGGAAUUAGCUUUAGCCCUUGAACUAAGUAAGCAAGAAAAAUCCGGGAAAUUAUAAACUUUAUGUCGGUAAAAAAAGCACCUUUUGUUUGAUUUAUUUGAUUGAAUUGAAACAUAUAUAUAUAUAUACAUAUAUACAUAUAUUUUCGGGCACAACGACUUUACGAACCUUAAUAACGAAAUCAGAACUGAAGGAUAUAUGAUAUGUUAAUUUAUUAUUAAUAACUAUGAGAUCUGUGCUAAUGAAGGCUAUGAAAGAUAACCGCGUAAAACUGUAAUGCUUAUUUUUAAUACUAUUUAGCAUAUCAUGAUCGCUGACACGAAAACAAAAUGAUAUUUAGAAAAAGAAAAAAAGAGACAGAAAUUGAAUCAAGCAUACGCGUAUCUAACAAUUUGUAGAAGCAUAUUAAUUAUGCAAUGUCAAGAAACAUUUCACCGUAUAUGGACUUAAUUUUGGAAAAGAUCUUUUUGGUUUUCAUUUGACACAGGAUACAUUUGACUAUUCAGCUACAUAGUUACAACCAAACCUAUCGAUGCAUUGAAUACUAUCUGAAUAUAUAUAUAUAUAUAAAAAAAAAAAUUACGUUAAAUCGCGCGCUCUUUUCGAUACUCUGGUUUAUCACAGAGAAAUCGAUUUUGUAAAAAAAAAAAAAAAGUAAAAGGGAUGGAAGAAAGAUUAAUCAUUGCCUUGCAAUAUCGAAUUCUAAGAUAAUGAC